AUGGCGACUCAACUUCUAAAGCGUUUUAUGUUCACAUCCCAAGCUCGCAAAUACUCACCUCUCUUUUUUUACUCUUCAUCGCCACUAUCCUCCAAUGAGGCCUCCACCGCUCAAAGUGCCAUAACCACUGCCGUUUCUAUCCUUACCCACCAUCAUUCAAAAUCUCGUUGGAGCUACCUCCGUUCUCUCUACCCCAAAGGCUUCGAUCCCAAUGAUUUUUCUCAAAUCACCCUCCACCUUAGGAAUAGACCCCAUCUUGCAUUCCGAUUUUUCCGCUUUAGCAAAUCCCUCUGUAACCACAACCUCGCCUCUUAUUCCACAAUCAUCCACAUUCUUGCUCGUGGUCGUCUUAAGUCGCAUGCCCAGGACAUCAUUCGGAUGGCUAUUCGAGCAUCAAAAUUGCAGGAGGACGAUGUUGAAGACAAUCGCAGGUCAACGCCAUUGAAGGUAUUUGAGAAUCUUGUGAAGACUUAUAGAGAUUGUGGAUCGGCUCCAUUUGUGUUCGAUUUGUUGAUCGAUGCCUGUUUGGGAUCAAAGAAUAUUGACCCUUCAAUCGAAAUCAUGAGAUUAUUGCGGUCCCGUGGGCUUAACCUGAAUGUUAGUACCUUGAAUUCUUUAAUUCAUUGCGUUUGCCAAUUUCGAGGGAUUGAAGCAGGAUAUGAAAUUUACAGAGAGGCCUUUCGGUUAGAUGAGGAAACUAUACUGUAUUGA